UCCGAAGCCCGAUGUCUACACUAAGGACAAAGCCUGCAGAGCUGACUCUACUCUACCGACUUUCGCAGGCUGCUUUAUGAUUCUAUCUCUUGUACACGAUUGUUUGCCUUUUCAUAGAGUUUUCACAUUCUUCGUUUAGUUUCAUCUACUUCGCCUAUCUACAGUGUUAACACCAUGCCAGAGCAACCUGCGCCUGAGGAUGUCUUGGGCUGCCAAGACGUCUUGUUUCAGUGGGCUGAAAGCUUCGAUACUAAGGACUGGGAACGUUUGCGGCUAUACCUUGCCCCCAUCAUGCGUGUGGAUUAUCAGCAUGUGAUGGGCAAGAUUUGGGAGCAGAUGCCAGCAGAUGAAUUCGUCUCGCUUGCCUCGAACCCACAUUUUCUGGGCGACGAACUACUCAGGACGCAGCACUUGAUCGGCGGGGCAUCUAGCUGGGAAAAGGUGUCCGAAGACGAAAUUCAGGGCCGUCAUCAACUCCGAGUUGCUCACCAGCGCUAUACAGACAGCUCGAUGAAAGAGGUUGCUAUUAAAGGCCAUGCCCACGGCGGUGCGACGAUGUGGUACAAGAAGGUCGAGGGCAAGUGGAAGUUUGCUGGACUUUGUCCGAACAUCAGAUGGGGCGAGUUUAAUUACGAUGAGAUAUUUGGUCAGCAUUAAGCUCCAUUAGAGAAUCUUCGAGGUUGUUUCCAGACUCAAUACAAUUUCAUUGGAAUACUGCCUCAACCAAUCGCGU